AUGGAAGGAGUAUGUUUAAUAGUUUUUGGAACAUUUUCCUACCCAACGCAAGCUUAUUUAACCACCCCCCCCCCCCAUAUUGAUAGCGUGAAAUUUGUUGAAAGAAAUCUUGAUAACGUAGAAUUUGUUGAAAGUAAUCUUGAUAGCGUAGAAUUUGUUGAAAGUCAUGUUGAUAGUGUAGAAUAUGUUGAAAGUCAUGUUGAUAGCGUAGAAUUUAUUGAAAGUCAUUUUGAUAGCGUAGAAUUUGUUGAAAGUCAUGUUGAUAGCGUAGAAUUAGUUGAAAGUCAUCUUGAUAGUGUAGAAUUUGUUGAAAGCCAUGUUGAUAGUGUAGAAUUUGUUGAAAGUCAUCUUGAUAGCGUAGAAUUUGUUGAAAGUCAUCUUGAUAGCGUAGAAUUUGUUGAAAGUCAUGUUGAUAGUGUAGAAUAUGUUGAAAGUCAUGUUGAUAGCGUAGAAUUUAUUGAAAGUCAUUUUGAUAGCGUAGAAUUUGUUGAAAGUCAUGUUGAUAGCGUAGAAUUAGUUGAAAGUCAUCUUGAUAGUGUAGAAUUUGUUGAAAGCCAUGUUGAUAGUGUAGAAUUUGUUGAAAGUCAUCUUGAUAGCGUAGAAUUUGUUGAAAGUCAUCUUGAUAGCGUAGAAUUUGUUGAAAGUCAUCUUGAUAGCGUAGAAUUUGUUGAAAGUCAUGUUGAUAGCGUAGAAUUUGUUAAAAGUCAU